AUGUUGGGUCGACUUUUAAGCACGGCUGCUUCAAGUCUGAACCCAGCGUCUUUUAAUCCACGAAACAAUGGAUCUCCUCUCGAAUCAGUCACCGAGGAAGAACACACCUCCGGCCUUCUUUUCCCCGAUGCCAGCCUGCUCCGCCGUUCCAAUACCCACGCGUACCCACUCCAGACCACAUUUCACUCCCCAAAUGCUUCAACAGCUGGUGCAUAUGAUGACCGUGGAGGAAUGGAAUUAGAUGCUAUUAAGGACUUUCGAGUGGUUAUAGCCCAGAACGCACUGGGAGAUCGUGAUGCGUGUAUUUUGCUAGACACUCGUGCAUCGGACCCGUCACCUACGGGCCUCGGAAUCGACUCGCACGGUCUUGAUCAAGCCGGCACCAGACAUACGCGAACUGUGUCAAGUCUCUCUCGCGGCUCUCGUCGGAACUACCUUACCCAGUCCUCAGUCGUUGAAUCUAGCCCCCUUUCCUCGGCAGCAGAUGCACGGAGGCCAACACCUGCGGGCUCUGGUGCUUUCUCAAGAGCUCGAGGACGCAGCUCGACUCUUGCACAAACCGGAACACAACAUGACUACGGCACAUCACGGCAUUCAACCGACACCAAUGAUACUGGUCUCCUCAAUUGCAUAUUCGGUAGUAGCGCAUUCAGCUAUCGUGGAUCCUCCACAAAAAUGCACAUCAUCUCUGCUGAUGAUGACCCACCAACAGGGACAAGUAUGUCGCCUGCAGCGCGCAGCCCACUUGCUCGGGCCUAUACUACUGGAAGUUCGGCAGAUUUUGGGCCAGCUAAAGGACCGGACAAGCCACCCUCCAAAGUUACCGUUCUCGUAACUAGGAUGUUUAGCGUCAACCUCCCAGAGGGAGCCGAGGCUUCUGCUGAGCGGCAGGAUUAUGCCAGUGCCCUUUAUCAAGAGUCUCUGCCUGAAAUGGGGUUUCCAUUCCCAGACAUCUCAAAGCGGAAGAAGAUAAAGGAGAAGAAAACGCCAAUGUAUGCUGUCGCGAUAAUUAUUCAAAUUCCUUUACUAGCACGGAAUGCCCCACGGCCUGUGUCGCGAUUCAGUACUCUCGGUCCUGAUUCUCCUCGGCCAGGGAUGUCCAGCUCUUUGGAUUCUGACUAUCGCUGGCCUGGGUUUCUAUUUGACGAUAGUUUGUCAUCCGCAUCUCCUCCUGCAAGCUUGGAUGAGCGGUUGGACCUGUUGGUCGACCAUUGGGAUGUCAUUACUAGAACUUUGUCCCACCUAGAGCGACUCGCACGGAACGAGAUUCUCUUUCUACUGAGAAAGGUUGAUUCGUUGUCAGGACCACACCCAAAGCCUGACAAACCACCCAAUAUGCAACGGACUAACCAGACGAUUGUCCAUUUGCCUGCCAACAUCUUGUCUGUGAACUCCAAACUCAAGGAAGAGGCUAUUCGCAGUAGCCGUCGUAUCAGCAUGGCCCUUCAGACUCCAUACGUUGUCACCGGCCAAAGUCGCUGGGGCGUGUGGCGGGAAGAAGGUCGUUCCAUUGUUCGAGGCCUUGGCGACAAGGAGAGUAAUUUCUUCUUCCUAGUUCUGCUCACGGCAUUCCUGGGCAAUCACACGGAGUGGCUCAAUGCCCUCGGUCCAGAGUGGUACCGUCGUCGGCACAACCAGCAGCAAAAGGCUCAACAGGAUAUUGAUCCCGUUCUGACUCACCGAACUGUGGUUGUUUGUCCGGACAAAAUGACCGCUCGCCGUCUCAUCUUCUUGCUCUCGGCUUUCCUCCCAUCCAAGCAGCGUAUAGAGCCACUGCCCUCCCCACUACGACCUGGCACAUCCGCGUCCAUGCGCGCUGUUUCCCAGAGUCCGCCCACAGUACCGGUGCUUCGACAAGAAUCCUUGAGAAGAGCAAUUGAACGCCGUGCUCGUGCGCAGCGGAUGUGUCAAGGCGAUAUUAGCCACCACCGGCGCUCAGUAAGCGUUUCAUCUCAAGACACGGCCCAGCGGUCAUCUGAUGGAAUCGACCAACCCUCUGCAGCCGAGUUCACGUCAGCCCGCAGAGGAUCCGAUGCUCGCUCAAUCAAAACGCUAAGUGCUACCAUCCAGGCGAAGGACCCACGGGCAAAGGCUGCCAGCGGAGCAACAACCUCCAUGAUCACCCAGAAGAGCACGGUUCCUGUUCCACACUUCACAUCACAACAAAGUCGCGCUAGUCAAGGAAGUUCUGACAGUGCCACGAAUACCAAUGAGAGCUUGGCAUCGGAGACUUUACUGAAGAAUUUGCGAAGAAGUGACAGCUCGAACUUGGGUUCUAAUGGCAGUGUUCCAUCUGCUGAAGGCCGUUGGGGCGGUUUGUUCUCUGGACUAUGGAGCUCACGGCAAGAGUCUUCGACCAAGGCCGGUGAUAUUUAUUCCCCGGCUGAUGCGCGCAAGCGAUCAGUCUCUACAAUAGCUGGCCCACCCAUGCGGGCUCAACCCACCUUGAGCCAAAUGGUCAAAGAGGCCACAGAGGACAUACCUGAGCAUCGUCCUGAAACUGCGCCCACCAGUGGGAACAUUUCGAUCCCUGCUGCUACCACCCAUGGUGCUGAGGACGAUUCCCCAGAACCAUCAUCACUUACGAGCCAAGCCCGUGAAUCACCCUUGAAGUUGUCCGUUCGGGCGGAAGAAGGGAUUGUAGAUGUUGAUCUCCCGCUUCCUGGAUUCCUGUCGCUCUCCUCUUCGGGUGAUUCCACCAUUGCCUCACCCAAGAAAACAAGGACCUCAAUUACCAGUUUUGAUGCCAUUGCAUCCACACACAGUAGCGGCUCUGGAUUUCACAAUGCUGGAAAAGACAGUGAUGGGCCUAGUACGCACGUCGCUGGAUGGUUGAAAUCGUUCCAUGAAGAUUUCUCCCUGCAAGCGGUCCGCCCGUACGCUACUCUGGAAGCAGACAUUAAACGCGCGAUGCAGGCUGAGCCCUCGCCAUAUAUCCCCUCAACUCCUGAUGCAGAAGGAUCAGAGCGAUGGGUGGACGUUGCAACGACCUUGAUCGCGGACACUCGAUCUUCCUCUAUCAAGCGUCUACGAUUGAGACGCAAGAUUGUCGUGGGCCACCACUAUGGGCCAAGUCAUACUCCCCCUUCUCCAGCUGUUGGACACACCCGCAACUCCACAGCCUCGUCAACAUCAUUUUCUGGCUUCUUCUCGGGGUAUGCCAAGUCCCCAGAAGUCACCGUUCUCGAAGGACACGACCCUCAAUACGUGGAGGAACGAUUUAUUGAAGAGCCUGUCAUGGACCUUGAUGGUAUUCUUGUUGAUGCCGUCGAGCGAGUUCUCGGUCAAAGCGGCUACUCGUCGCUUGCUCACUCCCGGGCGCCAUCCCCAACACGUGCUCGCAGAGCCGAGGACAAAGGUCAGACAACCCCUCGUGGUGAAGAUCCUCCAGUCGAAGUUCCCCGUACGGAGUGUCGCAAGAUGGUCCUUGGUGCUCUUGAAGAGGUUGUCCGUGUCGUCACCGCUGAGCACUGCCGUGACGACGUAGACGGUGAGUUGGGGCUAGCCGACCGAGAACGGAGGAGAGCCAUGGCAGGUGCCGAUAACACUCUACGAGAGGGCAUUCGGAAAUGGCUCCUUGAUGUCGAGGAAGCCUGGUAA